GUGGUGCUUCAGUGUAAUAGUAGCUCACAUUUCUCCAUUAUUAUCCUAACAGAAGUCAUAGCUCUGAGUCUGAGCUCUUUACGGCUAUCGUGCAACCGACUGGAUGAAGAGUCGAACGUGACGAUCGCGCUCUCCAUAGCCCCCCCUAAUGCUACUAGCGUUAGCGCAAGCCUGUCCACCGCAGCCACAAACCCUACUCCGAGCCAAUAUUGGAUACCAUCCGCCGCCGAGAUCCUCGUCGGCGCGACUCAGUUCUCUUGCGUCGUCUGUCACAAGACAUUCAACCGCUUCAACAAUUUGCAGAUGCACAUGUGGGGCCACGGCUCGCAGUACCGGAAGGGCUCGGAGUCCCUGCGAGGGGUGACGAAGCCGCCAUCGUCACCGUCGGCAGCCGCUGCGGCGAUACCGGCAUCGAUGAUGCGUCUUCCGUGCUACUGCUGCGCAGAGGGGUGCCGCAACAACAUCGAGCACCCGCGGUCGCGGCCGCUGAAGGACUUCCGCACACUGCAGACGCACUACCGGCGCAAGCACGGGGCGCGGCCGUUCGCGUGCCGCCGGUGCGGGAAGCGCUUCGCGGUGCGCGGCGACUGGCGCACCCACGAGAAGAACUGCGGCCGCCUCUGGUUCUGCAUCUGCGGGUCCGACUUCAAGCACAAGCGCUCGCUCAAGGACCACGUCCGGUCCUUCGGCGGCGGACACGCGCCGCACAUCGCCGAGUCGUUGAAUGUGGCGGACAACGGCGAGGAGGGAGAGGAGGAUGAGGAGGAUAUUGAAGAUCCAGAAGAAGCUGAUCAUCACGAUCAUAUUGGCGAUGAUGAUCACGCGCAUGCAUGAACUAAUUAAGAGGAGGGAUCGAUUAAUUUUCACAACAUAUGCCUGGUUUGUGACCUAGUUAAAUUAUAUAUUAAUUAGGGCUUCCUAGUGUUAGUUAUAUAUAUAUAACCCUAACUAGAGCUAGCUAGCUUGUCCGAAGAAAGAGAAUUGAGCAACAAGCUCCUGGAACAUAUAUUGUUGAACCCUAGAGAGAGAGAGAACUAGAGAUCUAGGGAGAGAUCUAGAGAUAUCUAGAGGGAGGGUUCAGUUGCUUGAUGUUGUGUCUCUCUUUCAUGCAGUUUCUCUAUCACUUUUCUAACGUUCACUGUGACUGGUGUCGUUGUGUAUCGUGCAUGAGAGAGAGAGAGAGAGAGAGAGAGAGUAUAAGCCUAGCUAUAAGGGAUCUUGUUAUUCAUAAUGCAUGGUUUUCUUUUACUACUAAUUAAUGAAUUAUAUAUAUAUAUAU